AGAGGGGGAUUUCCAGCCUCUGCUCUUUGCAGUUUCCUCUCCUUGUUUUGCUUUCGAUCUGGACUGUUCUCAGGCAAGCCGAGGGAGUAACUUUUAGUUUUGCUCCUGUGAUUAUUUCCACUGACGGGUUUUCAUUUUCCAUUUUUUUUUUUUUUACACAACCCUAGCAACACUUUAAUCGUGCAGGGAUCACACGGGUAGCGUUGAACAAGCAAGCACACAGUGAGAGAGAGACACAGAGAGAAAGAGAGAGAGAGAGAGAGGGAAUUAUGCCGGUGGAAAGGAUGCGAAUGCGCCCAUGGCUGGAAGAACAAAUAAACUCUAAUACAAUACCAGGGCUAAAGUGGUUAAGUAAGGAGAAGAAGAUUUUUCAGAUCCCUUGGAUGCAUGCUGCACGACAUGGGUGGGAUGUUGAGAAAGAUGCUCCUCUCUUUAGGAACUGGGCAAUUCACACAGGAAAACAUCAACCAGGAGUAGAUAAACCAGAUCCAAAAACAUGGAAAGCAAAUUUUCGAUGUGCUAUGAACUCCUUGCCUGAUAUUGAAGAAGUGAAGGAUAAAAGUAUAAAGAAAGGAAACAAUGCCUUCAGGGUCUAUAGGAUGCUGCCCUUAUCUGAAAGACCUUCUAAGAAAGGAAAGAAAACAAAGACAGAUAAAGAAGACAGAGUAAAGCACAUUAAGCAAGAACCAGUUGAGUCGUCUUUUGGGCUUAGUAAUGGACUAAGUGAGCUUUCUCCUGAAUACGCGGUCCUGACUUCAACUAUAAAAAACGAAGUGGAUAGCACGAUAAACAUCAUAGUUGUAGGACAGUCACAUCUUGACAGCAACAUCGAGGACCAAGUCAUUGUCACUAACCCACCUGACAUAUGCCAGGUUGUUGAGGUGACAACAGAAAGUGAUGAACAGCCCGUCAGUAUGAGCGAACUCUACCCGCUGCAGAUUUCCCCCAUCUCUUCCUAUGCAGAAAGUGAAACAACAGACAGUGUGCCAAGUGAUGAAGAAAGCACAGAGGGACGGCAACAUUGGCUGAAAAGGAACAUUGAAGGCAAACAGUACCUAAGCAAUAUGGGGACAAGAAACAGCUACCUGCUGCCCAGCAUGGCAACUUUUGUGACUUCCAACAAGCCGGAUCUCCAGGUUACCAUUAAGGAGGAAACUUUGCCUAUGCCUUACAACAGCUCCUGGCCUCCCUUCCCUGAUCUUCCCCUAAUGUCUUCAGUCUCUCAAGCUCCUACCAGUAGUCGGCCCGACCAGGAGACCCGGGCCAGUGUCAUUAAGAAAACAUCAGAUAUCACCCAGUCAAGAGUCAAGAGCUGUUAAGCCUUUGACUGUGAAUUUUGGCCAUGGCUGUUGGGGAUUUCCUUGUUUUUGUUUUGUUUGCUUGUUUAUAUUUUAUUUUUCUCUUUGAACACCUACUUUAGACAAAUCGAAGGGGGAAAAGCCUUGACAAUAGAACAUUAAUUGCUAUGUCCUACUCCAGUUCUGGAGCUUUUUUUAAACUCAGGACCCCAGCCUAUCAGUAAGUCUCUCUAAAGCCUGUUGGAUUUCCCAGGACAGAACUUUGAGCCUGCUUUGUUCAAGUCUCAGGACUUCAUAGGACCAUCAAUAUCCUAAUAUGGGGGCUGUGUCUCUCAUAGUCAAGGCCAGGGCAAGAUGGAAAGCAUUGGAAUGAAAGAGAAAAUGUGAACUCGCUGGAAUUUUUAAAAUUUUUUUUGUGUGUGUGAAUAUGUAUAUAAUGCAGUACUAGCAAUAUUGCAGUCUGCUUUCUGCACCUUAUCUGAUGAAAGCACUUACAAAUAGGCCUUUUUCAUUAUCUUGCUCUAAAUUAAUGGCACAUUCAGAACCCCUCUUUUUCCUGUUCUCUUCUCCUCCAAAAGUUAUCCAUACUACAUGUCCAUAAGGAUGAGGGGGAAAGAAUAUUGAUCUUCUGUACAGAUGUCACGUUUUGAGACUGCUUUUUAAAAAUUGUUUCUAAUCUGCUAUGCUUGAAUGCCACGCGGUACAAUAAUAAAUCUAUCAUGAGGAUAUUAUGCAAAUUCCCAGAUUUGAAAAACACUCUAAUUCUAACCAGAGCAAGCUUUUUUAAUUUUUUAUACAGGGGAAUAUUUUAUUCAAGGUAAAAAUUCUAAAGUGAAUAUAAUUGUUUUUUAUCUUUUCUACAGCAAAUUUAUAAUUUUAAAAUUCAUUUUCUUGUUUAUCAGCAAUUAUUAUUACAUCCUUGUGGCACAUUUUUUUUUAAUUUUGUAAAGGUGAAAUAGCUUUUAUGAGCUCGUGUAGCAAUCAAAUUAUCCUGUGGAUUGAUAAUAAAUAAAUAUGAUAUAAAGUUAAAUUUUUAA